AAAAUAUAUACAAAAUUUUGAUUUUAUUUGUUUGCCCCAAAUCCGUUGCGAGUGUCAUUUCCUCAAAUGGAGAACAAUAUGGAUGACGACACGCCCUUCAAUCCUUUCUAUAUUGGUCCAAAUCCGAGCAAGGCAUGCGCCAAUGAGGAAGUGCCGCCUCGUGAAUGCUCGCCGGACUGCAUCCCUGCUGCUGACAACAAAACUGCGGACCCCAACCCACCUACAUCAAGCACCGCUCAGGGAAACGAGACUUCAUCUUCACCGUGCAAACCAUAUAAUUGCAAUUAUCACAGCAACUAGUGGCUAUGGAGGACAUUACAAAUAACACAAUUUUGAAUAAACCACAGUCUUGAAUAAAGCAUCAAAUUG